AUUUAUUUGAAAAAAAAAAAAAAAAAAAACCACCCUCGAAGCGUACGAGAAAAAAACAAACAGAACCAAAUCCAGUCGGCCUCUCCAGUUCUUCAGACUACACAAUCCCCCUCUACACAAUUCGCUCUCUUCUGGUAACAUGGGAAACAAGCCUGCAAAACAAGAAAGGGAAGAAAUCUUCUUGAAAGUUGUUCCUCCACUGGAUCGUGCAUAUGUUAGGUGGCUUGCUCGAGAUCUUGAGAGGAUUCACGGCUUCACACCAGCAAACCCUCGUGCAGUGAAGCCCCCAGAUCAUUAUAUUGAGUACAUGCGCUUGAAUGGGUGGUUAGAUGUAGACUUGAGUGAUCCUGAUCUAGCCCAUUUAUUCAAGUAGAUGAUGGUGGUGUACUUAUCAAUAGAUUUGAAGGAGAAAGACACAGAGUUUUCCUUUGAACCUAACAAGUAAUGACUGUUUAGUAAUUUGCAUUGGAAUUUGAGUAUAUACCACGCAUUUGUAUGGUGCUAAAAUUUUUAUUUGAAUGCAGCAUCUCGAACCAUCAAUCAUGUUACAUAUGUGCAGGAUGAACAUUUGAUACUGUUAAAGUGUAGAGAUAUGAUUAU